AUGGUCAACAACCACCAGGCGCCCCAGAACCAGUACUACAACGGCGGCCAGCAGUAUCCCCCGCAGCAGUUCAACGACCAGAACCAACAGCAGCCACGACCAACACCUCGCAACUCCGGGGCGGAGGAGCCGGUGGUUGCUUUGCCGGUUUGUGUGCUGGUUUCUGCUGCGCCGAAUUAUGCUGCUAAGUAG